AUGGCAGCAAAGUCAAAAGCAAGAGUCGUGAUCGCACGUCUAUUCUCAACUGCAGGAACAGGAUAUAUCUACACAAUGCGAAGACUACGAUUGGCUGAUAAGCUAUCCAUGAUGAAAUACGAUCCUAGAGUCCGGAGGCACGUCUUAUUCGAAGAAAAGAAGAAAUGA